AGCUGUUGUUGUUUGCAGAAAUUGCAGUUUGCAAAAACACGUUGGGCGCAGGCGUCAGUUUUUUGUAAACAUUGUCCGCCCAGCCCAAAAAUGCACACGUCGGCAACAGAGAAAGCAGCAGGCAGCAGGCAGCAGAGGCCACAACAGCAGAAGCAGCACCGCCCCCAAACGCCAAUGAACGCAAAAUCAGCACAAGGACGUGCCGCGAUGACCAGGAAAAAUCGAUAAAAGCACAGACAACGAACGCAGGACAACGGCCGGAAGUGCAUUUUGCGGGUGUGUGCGUGCCUGUGUGUUGGGCGUUGGGUAACGGGCGCAGUAAUAGAAACGGUUAAAAAAAAGGAGCAGCCAGUAUGUUCGGGAAAUUGUGCAAGAAAAAUAUGUGAGUUUUUGUGUCACACCAAAGGACUGAAUCUAAGGAAAGGCAAACAAAAUGGUGGGCAAAGGUUCGAGCGGCCUGCCCGUCGAUAUGGGCACAGGGACAAAGGAACGCCCUGUUUUCAUACCACCGCGUAAGCGUCAACAAACCAAAACGGAGGCCAAAAAGCAAAACUAUGUGGACCACAUAGUCAGUGUGCAGCAAAAUCGACCCAAGCUAUCGCCCUCAAAUCCAACGCUUGAGGAGGAGCUGCUCAAGUCGAAAUUGAUUAUCAAAAAUAAGCAGCCGCUGCCACAGCUGCCGGGGGAGUUGGGUGUGCCGAAUGCGCAGGAUACGAUUGCGAGCACCCAUUCGGCCAGCUCCACACAGCACAGCAAUAAGUCGGCCCGCUCCACCACCAACAUCAAUGAGCUGCAGAACUUCGAGUCGAUCUCGCAGUGCACCAAGUCCACGUCGACGCAACGUGGCCAUGAGAGCAGCACGGUGACGCCCAGCAGCUGCUGCUAUUCGGAGAGCAGCCUGGACGCCAAGAUAAGCAAGAGCCACGACUGCCUCAGCAAUCGGUCAUCGUCCAAGAAGAGGGUCAACAUACGCACCGCAGAUCUGCCCGUGACGGCACGGAAUCAACGCUCAUCGCCGGAUAUAGCCAACUAUGAGGAUCUGGAGUCGGGGGAGACCAGUGUGCUGAACACCUAUGACCAUAGCCUAGAGCGGUAUCAGGCGCGCAAGGCGGCAGGCGAGGGCGGCAACUAUCUGACCAUGACAGGCACCAUCAAGCGAGGCCGGAAGAAGGGCCAGUCCAUCGAUCUGCAGAUCAACAUAAGUCGCGAGGAGCUGGAGCAACUGAAUGCCCAUGCCAUGGCCAAUGAGUCACAGAAGGGUCGCAGCCUCUGCUGCACCUGCAGCUGUGCCAUCGGCCUGCACAUCUUUCUGAUCUCGCUGCUGUGCCUGCCGUUUGUGACGAUCAUCUCGGCGGUGUACUCCUUCUACAUUGGCACCCUCACCUGGUACAACAUGUUCAACUACUACUGUGAGGAGAAGUCGUAUCUGCACAAGAUCUUCGUCACACCGCUGCUCUUUCUGGCCUAUCCGCUGGCCAUUGUCCUCUGCACCUUUGGGCUGGGCCUCUACUCGGGCUUCCGGCAAUUGAGUCUGCAGUACAGCAGCUGGGUCAACGACAUCACGGACAUUGAGAAGGGCUUCUAUGGGUGGCUGUGCGGCUUCCUGCACAUGCCCGACUGUAGCCCUUACGAGGUGGUCAUACUGACCGACAUUUGUGUGGCGCCGCAGGAUCCACAGCGUCUGCAUAUAAACAAGCCACGCCAGGAGUUAUCCAUGUAGAGGGGGAAAUCGUCGAAAAAUGUGUGCCAGAAAUCGAUUUAAUUAGGAUUUACUGGACUACGCAACCGGCGAUUUCCAAUUUUUCGACCAUGAGUGUGAUAUAAAAAAAAAACGUAAUUACUUUUUGCAGUAAACGAACUAUGUAUGUAUGUAUGUACAUACAUAUCUCUGAAGUCUACUCGUACGACACAAACUUAAGUUUCCUUUGGCCAAAUUUGUUCCUUUUACUUACAACUACAUAUAUGUAUGCAAUUGCUGCUUUAGAGAACAGGAAUAUAUAGGUAUAUAUACACCACAUAUACCCCCAUAGAUAUCAAAGCUAACACAAAACAUAAUCCAAGCCCUAUAGAGACUAGCAUUUAAGUUAACUAGAAAGAGAAACGUUUAACACUCGCACAGAAACAACAAACCCUCAAGUUUUAAUCGGUGGAAAAUAUAACCUUGCAAAUCCAACAGAUCCAUAAUAUAACCAUAAUGUACCGUAGAAUAUAUGUGUGUAAUUGUUUUAUGAAUGAAUUGCUCAAAAAAAGGUUAGUGUCAUUCUGAACAGUUGUUAAUUGAUUUACAAAAUUUACUAACAAUAACAAAAACUACUAUUAUCUCGUGCUUAACGAACUGUAAACUAAUUUUCCAACCCCCACAAUUACAAAGCAACGCUUUUCGAAUUAAGUUACUAUUUUUAGUACAAACAAA